AGAGAGAGAGAGAGAGAGAGAGAGAGAGAGAGAGUGUGUGUGAAGGGUAGAGAUCAGGCUAAUUAGGGAAUAAGAGAGAAAAAAGAGGAAGGAUGUCUAUGGUCCUUGCAAGCUACCUCCUUUGUGCCAUUUUCUUGCUAGUACUCCUGAGAAUCCUCAGGAGGAAAUUUCCAGUGUACUCAAAACCAAACCUGCCACCUGGCUCAAUGGGUUGGCCUUUCCUAGGGGAAACCCUACAACUGUACUCUCACCACCCUGAUUCCUUCUUUGCCACCAGACAAGCCAGGUAUGGAGAGAUAUUCAAGACACACAUUCUUGGGUGCCCAUGUGUCAUGCUGGCUAGUCCUGAUGCCAUAAGGUUUGUGUUGGUGGCACAUUCAAGCUUGUUCAAGCCAACUUACCCUCCAAGCAAAGAGAGGCUGAUUGGCCCAUCAGCUCUCUUCUUCCACCAAGGUGCAUACCACUCUCAGAUCAAGAAACUGGUUCAGGAAUCACUGUCCCUUGAUGUCAUCAGGCACAUGGUUCCUCAAGUUGACUCCAUUGCUGUCUCUGCUUUGGAGUCCUGGUCCUCUGCUGGAAUUGUCAGCACAUUUCACCAAAUGAAGGAGUUCACUUUUGAUGUUGCUGUUUCUUCCAUCUUUGGUCACUUGGGUGCUUGCCACAAGGAGAAGCUGAAGAGGAAUUACUUUGUCCUGGACAGAGGAUACAAUUGCUUUCCACUCAAUUUUCCAGGAAGUCUGUACAGGAAAUCAGUAAUGGCCAGGGAAGCACUGAGCAAUAUUAUUCAGGACAUAGUGCAACAAAGAAAGGAAGAAACGACGAUGCAGAAGAGAGAUCUAUUGGGAUACAUGUUGAACUUCAGGGGAGGAGAAAAGGGUGAACCUUUGACUGAGAACCAGAUCUCCGACAACAUAAUUGGAGUUCUGUUUGCAGCUCAGGACACCACCGCCAGCCUCCUGACAUGGAUUCUCAAGUACCUCCACGACAACUCGGACGUCCUCGAAUCCGUUCGGGCAGAGCAGGCAGCAAUUUACAGGGCAAAUGAAGAAGGGAAGCAGCCAUUGACGUGGGCACAGACAAGAAAGAUGGUGGUCACCAACAGGGUGAUCAUGGAGAGCAUGAGGAUGGCCAGCAUAAUAUCUUUCACUUUCAGGGAAGCUGUUGCAGAUGUUGAAUACAAAGCGAUCUAUGAUGAUCAAUGAUGAUGAUGAUGAUAAAGCAGGACACAGUUGCAGUGAUAAGCAUCAACAUAUGGACAAGACUACAGAUUCAAACAGCUUCAGUUUGGGGGACAUUCCAUGGAAUGAGAACAUCCACUAAAUCCAAACUUUAGGCCAACAACUAUCUAAGAAAAUUAUUUAUAGAAAAAACACCAACCAGAGGCACGAGAGAAUAAUGGCUCUAAAUAUUUUUUUUUUUUUGAAAAAUUUCCUUUUUCCGACCAUAGAUAAGAUGUACAAUUAGAUCGAGAGGGAGAGAAAACUAACAAAGAGUCAUCAUGAUUCGAAGUCAGCUAUAAUAAUCUGUCGUGAAACUGUUAGGACAGAACAUCGUUGGUCAUAUAAGAAGUUAUACUUUGAAAAUAUGGAUGGUUUAGAGAAUUAAAACUCGAACUCGGAAUUGUGCCGAAUUCAUGGAUUUUUAAUCUUUAGGUUAUCCAAAGAAUAUCAACUUGGGAAAUCAUAAUUUCUUUAGAAAUAUUUUACAUGUCAAAUCAUUGUUGAUUACUUUUCCUAUCUAAAUCAUCAAUUGUCUAAAAGGGGGAAAAAUUGUACAAAAGGCUUUGUGAUGUUACCCUUUGUUUGAAAGACUAUGUUGAGAGAAUUACCCCUGCAAAGUCUCCAUCAAAUAGGUCUACUCCACCUUUCCUAAACAUGGAUUCUUAAUCCCAAAAGGUUGGAAGGUACUUCCAUUGUUUCGUAGCCUCCACCAUAACCCUGAUUUUUUCCCAGAACCUCGACAAUUUGACCCCUCAAGAUUCCAGGCGAGCCCAAGGCCCAACACAUUCGUGCCAUUUGGGAAGGGAGCCCAUUCCUGCCCAGGAAAUGAACUUGCCAAGCUAGAGAUGUUGAUCCUGAUUCAUCACCUGGUCACCAAGUUCAGAUGGAAAGUUGCAGGAGGUGGUGCUGCUGGUGAAUCUUGCAAGAACAAAGAGGUUGAGUACAGGCCAUUCCCAAUUCCACAUGGAGGGCUUCCAGCAAAGUUUUGGAAGGUAGAUAGGGAUUCUCAUGCACAGGCAGACAGGACGUGACAAGAACUGCAAAUAUUAAUUUUCAGACUUGUUCAUAAUAUGUAUUGAUAAUUGUUACCUAUAUAAAAAAAAAUUCAAAGUGGGUUCUUAAUUAGAUGCAUCUAAUUAAUGUAUAUG